CGGUGCUAUCGCGAAAUUUCGGUUUGCCGCAUUGUGUUAUACCGCCCCUUAAGGUUGCCUCCAGAAUUCCCACGUAGUACGUGCGCGUCUCAGUAUACCGCAUUGAGCUAAUCGCAAUACUCUACACUUUAUUACAUCUGUUAUAAUUUGACCUAGUACAAUCUACACAGGCGAAAUUAAUAUUAACAUAUUACUAUACAAACCUUGAGUUUUGGCGCGUUUUUAUACUCUUGAAUAUCCCGCCCUUUCUGGCUCAUAAUAGAUUUCGCGCCUCCGUGACAAGCUGUGUGAUGCGUCGUUUUUCUUGUGAUUGUGAGUGUGUGCAGUAGGUAUAAGGUGUGUAGCAGCUUCUACUCUUAUUUCUCCUCGAUCAACCAAUCAUCCUUCUUUUGUUCGCUACUUCAGUUUGUCCAGUGCGCGUGUCCUUCCCCAACGUGCGCGUUCUGUUUUCAAGAUUCAUGUACUCUUUCGUGGUUAACAAAACGUGCAUCUAAAGAGAGAGAGAGAGAGAGAGAGAGAGAGAGAGAGAGAAAACAAUGAAGAAAAAUAGUGGCUGUUUCCUGCAGCAGAGGACGUGAUGUCCCAACGAGGUGCAAGAAAAAGCCACGCUUGUUCUAACGAAAAUGAGAGGAGCCACUGUCAUCAGUUUGCAUGCUAGCAACGUCGCGAUAACUUUCUCGUCAUUGAAUAAGACGCCGACCACUACAAGGACGCUUAUCAUACUGACGUCCAUGAGAGAGAAGGUCAUCAAGAGAACAAUUGUUAAAGAUUAAUCAAGAGAACGUAUCAUGAUAGAUCCUUAAAGACCCAGCGCCAUGUCACGUGUUGGGCUUCUGUUGGCACGUUCGGCUCUUCUGAUAGCCGCCCUUCUCUCAUCGACCUACGUCGAGGCUAGUGAAUUUCCUGAGAGAGAAUGCUGCGACCCAAUUUAUCCGCUUCCCGAACCAACCAGCAAGGCGCCGUCCGCACCGACUCCAACUGGAAGAAGCGGUACAAAUAUCAAAACCGGCGAGGCCAUCUUGAACUGCCUAUUCGCCCAACAGGUCUGCCUUGAAGAUUCGUCCUGCAGCGCCAUUUUGCAAAUCGUACCCCGGGUCUGCGGUGGGGAAACGGUGGCAUGCUCGACCAUCACCAUAAACAAGUGUCAGGCUGCUCUUCGUACGCUUCAGGCAUUUUCCUUCUUCCGGCCCACUUGCCUCUGCAGGGAACCUCACGUGGAUCCUCAGUGUAACAACUUUCGGGAUUACGUCUUUGACCAUCCCUGCAUCUACGCUCUUAAAAACGACGAGGACAGCUACGCGAUAGACGCCCUGCCGAACUGCAACCACGCCCUCAGCGUCUGCCAACGUAACAAAUCGUGCACUAAACUUUUCGAGGAAUUCAAGGCCAACUGCAAGUCAAGAGAUAACAAAUGCAGGAUGGAGAAUCGGGACGCCUGUCACGAUGCGUGGACGCAGCUCAGACACUCGCCCAUGUUCGGCUGCAUAUGUCCGAACAAUCACAUGAAGAAACGCUGCGACCGUAUAUUCUCAAUGGUCAAUCAGAAUCCGUGCAUCGACGUUCUACCCUCCAUGUCAAUAGAUCUAUCGGGGACCGACUCCGCCCUCUAUCCGUUCGACCCCGAGCAGGAGAACUUUCCGGAUUUCUGGUUGCCCCCGACCAGUAUGUAUCCCUAUUUUCUGUUUCCCGCGACGACGAGUACGCGCACCUUCUCCGAACUCGAACGGUACCACCACCGGCACGAGGUUCCGGAACUCCCUAGCAGUCCCCGGAAGCCCAUCCUCAAGGAACCCGAGCCCGGCGCCGACAGGGACGUCGUGCCCGUCCAUCCGUAUCCGGAGCUCGAUCUUAAUGUCGAUUUUAACCUCGAUCUACGUCCUGAGCCGGAUGGACGAGGAGGACGUAGGACGAGUCUGCCCGGGUCCAGAAUCCAUCAAGGGAGUAAAAGUGGGAGCGGAGAUGCGGAAGGGACCGAUAGGAAUACCGUAGGAACCGUCGAUGCCGAGCGAGGAUCUUCUUCCGAGCAUGAUCGUGACUCCUCCGACACCAGCACUGACCUCCAGCACCCUAACAAAAGCGAGCAUGACCUCUAUCGGCACAAAUUCAACUAUCACUCGCACCGUCAUCACCAUGACAGUCACAACCAUCAGCAGCACCACGAUAGCCUUGCACCUAAUCCUACCCCCACUGUAGCCGAAAGUAACCCCGCACCGGCACCCGACCAGCACCGCAAGAAAUUCGCACCGAGACCCACCUACGAGCACCGCGCCGUCGUCGAUCGCAUGGACGACGAUCUCGACGGCAACGAGUUGAAGAUCGGCGGCUUACCGCUCGACCGACUCUUCGACCUUCGCGACGCCUUCGAAGGUUUCGUUGAUCAAGUGAAGGUUAUCGCGCAUCCUGAUAAUUCAACGAGCUUCGAAGUCAUCGAGUCUCAGUUGGAGAAUCCGUUGAUUGACGCAGAUCAUCAGGAUCUUCGUGAUCUCAAGCAAGUACCGUCGGAAGGGAUUUACCAUCAUCAAUUUCACCAUAGGCGAAAUCAGUCAUCGGACGACGGGAUACAUCCUGGUAGCUCGGCCGUUGCCUCAUCUCCGGUUUCCGAGGGGGAGAAGUCUCUUCCUCCGCCCCCCGUUAAGCUCAUCCUCUCAAGCACGUGUCAUCACGCUUACACCUCGUGCAAAAACGAUCCUGACUGCAGGACAGAGCUGCAACCUGUGCUGAACCACUGCGAGCUCGCAAGCUGCGCCAGGAACGAAUGCAUGGAUGCACUUCAGCAGUUUUACAAGAUGGCCAGUCACAAACACUCCAUGGAGAUAGCCUUUUGUCUUUGCAAAAAAUCUGAUGGCAAACGGGACGAGUGCAUAGUUGCGCAAGAGAAGAUGCAUCCAACGUGUGCUCAGCGUAUCGAGGGUGCGGAGAUGCCAGCGUGCCACAGCGUAGCAGAGGCUUGCAAGGAAGACAAAGCGUGCAAAACGAAACUCGUAUAUUUCGAACGAAGCUGUGCGGUGGACAGUGUCACUAAAAAGUGUGCAGGACCUCCUCUAGAGUGCAGGAAGGCCAUGAUCGGGAUCCUGGGUACCGAGUUAAGGCUAAGCUGUGCCUGCAAGAGUGCCGACCUCACACAGAUCUACGACUGUCUAGGCUGGCAGAGACUCCUGUGGGUGAAUCCGUGUGUCGUGGAUGCACAGAGAGACUUUCAUGCUCGGAGGAAACACCAUCAUCACCCGAGGACUACGACGACCUCCGUCACGACGAGUAAAGUCCUGAGCACGUCCAGUGCGGCGGGAGGCGUCGUCCCCGUGAACGACGUCCUCGAGGACAACCAAAUACCUGAGCACGCUGGAAGACCGCAGACCGAACCGACCGAGUCUUCCUGGCAAGUAUUGGGCAUGACGACGAGCACUGCGACCGCUACGAGCGCUACGGGCGCUACGGGCACUACGGGCACUAGGAGCACUGCCACCACUAAGGCAGCCAGCCCCACGACGACCACCCUCCUCGCUAGCACUACGACCACCCUGGCAACUACCAGUACGACGAUCAGCACAACCCCUAGGACCACGACGACGAGCACAGCGCCUCCCCGUUUCUGUGUGGUUCAAAGACCGAGCCAGUCUCACCAGUACAUCAGAGAAGGAAAGGGCAAGAGGCUCUACCGCGAGGACGAACCUGAGUGUUCAGAAUUAUGUCAAUGCAGCGAGGGUGAGGUCCUCAUCUGCAACACCAUCUGCGUCGACUCUUCACCCUGCAAGACGGACUUCGCCUUCUAUAAUCACGCAGCGCCUGCCUAUCAGGCCUAUCGUGGUCGCUGCCUCUGCUACAGCGGUCGUUUCAUCUGCAUGCGCCCAUCUCCAGACGCCUACAGCAUACCUCAUGGAAUCUUCAUGUUCCUGGGAUACAGUGAAACCGAUGAGAAUCUUCUUAGACCCCAUAAUAACUUGACCGUGCUGGACGCGGUCUCGUCACUGGAUACUUUUAUGCGGCAGGAAGUUAACAAUCAGACGGUCUGCACGCUCUUCCUCUACAACGUGACCAGAGAGAACGUGAUUGCAGUCGCACGACUUGGCACGGACAAUCCAGCACUGAACGGCAGUCAGACACAGAGUCUACAGCAUCUUCUGCGCAUCAAGGAGGAAUGCGCUUCGAUGCUCCAGGAACUGAGCGAGAAGAUCAACAACAGACACCAGGAGGUGCACACUCAUCCGCUCCUCUCGAUCUUCAAAAUGGCUGAAGUCGAGAUAAAAUUGCCAUACAGCAGCGAAGCUACUACGAUUAGAUCAUCCUGCUGUCUUCUAGCAGUGGCUCUACUCGCAGUGCUCUUCACGAUCUCAAGAGCGCCGAGGUCGUCUUCGUCUUCGUCUACGUCGUCAUCGUCGGGACGCGUUGAUUCGUGACAGAGAAGGCAAGAUGGCCACGUAUAUGACGUAUACCUGGACAACGUAGGAGCCAUCAUUAUGCGUAUGCGUGGAUGAACUAAUUAACGAAUAAAUAUUCGAUUGAAUGGAUCGAUGAACGAAUGACUGACUAUGCGAACCUGCGAACAUGGAAAUAUGCAAAUAUGCAAAUAACGAUGGUAAAAGACCUCAGGGAGGUUCAGUAAGAAGGCUCAAGGUCCACCCUAAAUGAGUGUUACACAUGUAUGUGCAUAUGUCACAACGUCCAUAAGCGAGUAUAUGGAAUAGGCAGAUAAGGUUCAUUUUCAAGGGAAAAACAAAAACAAAAAAAAGAAGUCAACAAUCGACGACCAAAUUCAGACUCGGGUUUCGUAAACGCUUUGUAUUCGUGAACGUGAUUAAUGUCGAUGAUUGAAUGAGUAAGAGGGGAAGAAGGAAAAAUGAAGGUUCGCGAUGGAUCGCGUCGAAGAUGUCGUAGGAGCGUCGCGACGAUCUUACAGGCACCUAUCCAUGUGUAUAGAAUAUGUGUGCCGCGUGAAGAACGUUCGUAUGUGUAUAGCUAGUUGACAAUUCUGUACCAUAUAAUUAAUUGCUAAUUGCUAAUUGCUAAUUGCUAAUUGCUAAUUGAUUAAGCUGCUCCAUGAUACUGGACCAUUUAUUCGUUAAAGUUGAAUUGGCGAGAAUCCUCAGAACGAGAGUGCGCUUCAGAGGAUUCCUCGGGUGUGUAGAUAGUCAUUAGAUAAGGCCCAUCUAAUAAGAGCCAAGAGUACACAAUGAAAAAUAGUCGCUAAUUAAAUGCUAAUUAGUCUAAGCUCUCUAAUCUCCAAAUCCUAUGAUCACCAGUGCUAAAAUCUUAUUGGUGCACUCCUGUAGUACCGAAACCGUGCGUCCUUAUUAAUAGUCAGAAUCGCGUGAUCCAUUGAUACGGACAACGUUAGCUGCUUUCAUAGACUCGGUCGCGUGUCUCGCCAUUUACGUAAAAAUUCGCCGAGCUUUUAGUUACGACUAACAAGGUACGCGGAAUUACGGACUCGACGUACCAUUGGACCUUGGAAUUUAGACCAAUGAGGUUUUCGGAAUUUUACGAAUUCUUCGUCUUCUAUGCUCUAACUUUGACCGUUAGAACAUUCCAGAUGGCCAUCUUACCUCCGACCAACGUGCUUCUUCUCUGUACAUACGAUAACACAUCAAGUCCUUCCACACUUCUCCUAAAGACACUUAAAACACGUAAGAGACAAACACGUGCGUGACAAAACGCCCGAGACAAUUAUACGCGAGAAAUCGAACAAGCAUCAUCUUUGAUUUGUCAGCAAUCGCUGGAUGCCUCGUCGAAAGAAACAGUAAAUUGCAAAGGGGUCCGCGCAUUGAUCCUUCCAUUCUCCUCCGACGAUGUGCACAGCUGCACGCGUCUCUAAUACCUAUACAUAUAAGCUCAUGAUAAGCUCAUUAGGAUAUUAACGAUAUUGAAAAUUGGGUUCAAACCCACUCAGUCUGUAUGGCUGUUGCACUAGACAAUGUGAAGAAGGAUGAUACCAAGUAUACAGCUUCUCUAUACAAUUAGGUGUAUAAAUCUAUAAAUAUGAUGAUGAGAAAUUAAUAACAUAAUUAUAACAUACUAUGUGCAUAGGUACACAUAUCCAAAUAAAAGUAGUCACGUGGAAAAGGAGAGUCAUUAGGCGUAUGAGCGUGCAAGAUUACGCGUGACGGAUCCCCGAACCGUCCUCGUGUCCAUAAGUUUCUACACGGGAUAAAUUAUAUUUCAAGCGAUUUAUUAAUAAGAAAUUUGUUAAUCUAGGUAAUUGAGGGUGUACGCGAGAGGGCGUGUCUUGACUAUGUGAGAUGCAAUGAAGAUCAGCCGGAAGUGAAGACAAAGGAGGGAGGGCGGCGGCGGUCAGUGAUAUCCGUCUAUUAAUAGUCACUCGAAUAUUGAUUGUACAGAAUGAUUGUCGAGAAGUUGCGUCUUCGGGUGUGGCUCAGCUUGAGCUACGAUCAACCCUAUUGACCACCGACAAUAACCUUCCUCACAGGUCUGUCUUUCUUUUGAUUAGACCCAACUCGAACGUUAUUGACGUUGAUCCAAUCGCAAUGACUUAAGCUCGAUCCGAAUCGGUAACUUCCCGUGAUUCACCCUAUACACAUAUCUGUAUAACCAUUUAAUACAUUGAUAAAUUCACAUCCGGUUAAUCUUCCAGCUCCGACUGUAUCCGUAUCUGAGUAGCAUGGAGCGAUCGAACAAGCAAUAAUAAUCUAUAGAAAACGUGGUAAAUGUAAAUUUCUCCAAUGAAAUGCGUGCGUGCGGGUUCAGAGUGCACAUUGCGCAGGACGAUGUCGAGGAGCCAAAGAGCUUUAGAGAGAAGUGAAAGAGUGUGCGUGUGCGUGUGCGUGUGCGUGUGCGUGUGCGCGUGUACAGUGUAUACAAUGGAUACCUAGGGAUGAGAAUUAAUGAGGAGACGAUUUGGACCUCAUUAGACUCUCUCCGACCAUCUCGAUAUCAAGUACGAGCUUCAAACAGAUAAAAGUCAGAUGAUAAAAGAUUGUAUCACAAGAGCCUGGUUAUCUAAUAAGGCAAAUUAUUUGAGGAUUGGUACCGUGAUAUCUAAAAUAGUCCAGAAUAUAUUGCUCAAUUAAACUCGGUAUAAACUAAGCAAAAGAGCGAAAUGUAAGUCUAUAAGAAGCGACAAGAAUAUAUUGGAGGAAAGUAGCAAAUAAGACUAAUGAGAGUGAGACAACUAAACGAGAUGAGGGAUAAGCGAUUGCCUUUCUUUUUUUCUUUUUUUUUUUUUUUUUUUUUUUUUGUAUUUUGUAGUGGCAUUUGAUCGGACAAAGAGAUGGCGAAUGCUGCCUUCUCCGACUAUGUGAACCCCUCUGGAAUUGCUCUUAGGAGUCUGAAACCAGAGGCGAACGUAGCGCCGCUCUAAUCAAACGUUCAAGCCCUCCUAAUUGCCUUGGUUAUUCAAUUGCAUCCGCAAGUGUGCCGUUUGGCUACCCUCACAAUUAGUAUAUUUCAAAUCAAUUCAAUUAAGUUCAAGCUGAUCCGAGUUCGAGCAUCUAUUACUCCGAUCACGCAAUUACUGGCCAACCUUCGUUCUAUUUAUCUUGAACAUGUAUUUUUUGUUAUUAACCACGCUCUUGUGAUAAGUACCCAGUCACUACCAUCAGCAGCAUCGUCAUCGUCAUCGUCAUCGUCAUCGUCAUCGGUCGGGUGAUGUUCAAGAAUUCUAUUUAAUUUAAUCGAUGGAGUUACGAAUCGACAUUGCCGUCGGUUUUGUGAUCUUGUCAAAUUACAAGGGGAAACAAUGGGCGUCGAAGCGCAUCUGGCGAACAGCGUCGCGACGCAGCGCAAAUAAAUAACCAAAGGAAAUGGAAGAUAGGAGGUCAAAUCAGUGGUCGAAAGAGAAGAAACGAGACGGCGGCGGCCAUGGUAAUUCUCGUCUGCUGUCAAGUACAAAGUACUUGGAAAUAUGUUGUUUCGAGAGUCAGGCCCGUUGCAUAGUAUCCUUUCUAACGUAACGUAACGUAAGGGAGUAGAAUCGAAUCGACGAUAGCAUCACCAUAGAAAACGAGUACUGUGGAAGAGGAUGAUGACGAUGAUGAUGAUUGAUGAUGAUUAAUGAUAAAUAUCAAGAGUGCGAUUUAGAAAUUGAUAGAGAAAUUUUAUUGUGCAACGACAAGUUAAAAUAUAAAAUAAUAGAUGAGAAGAAGAAUGGAGAGGAUACGCAUAAAGAUAACGCUUACGUGAAGUUUUUUUAUUACUAAUUACGAAAGAAAAUGGUGGUUCCAAACGAACAUAUCAAGGCCCUUAGACAAGGCCAGCCAAUGCGUUUUACUCUAAGUUCCUGUAGAUUCAGUUUUUUUUAAGCGUAACCCAAAAAGGAAAGGAACAGAGGCCAACGAAAACGAGAAAGCGCGACGACGAAAAUUGCGGCGCUUUAUCUCGGCGCGUUCGCAGCGACUUUGAGGACUCGCCUUGCACAUUUCUCGCAAGGAUUUCUGUCUUGGCUGCUAACGCGCUGCAGACUAUUCCGAUCUACCCUGGGUCUAAUCCGGACUAUACCGGUGGUACCAAGUGGCAGGGGUCAGAAAUCGAUAUUUCACGAUGUAGUAACGGGCUCUCUCGUAUCGACUUCCUAGUGUCUAAGCUCCCUGUAUAACGCGGCUUUGUUUUAUCGGCCGAGAUUUCAUAUUUUGAAGAGCUUCCCUUUCCGUCUUACCUGUCGCGCAUUCAAUUCGAUUGCAACACCAAUGCCAUCUCUUGGCAACUGCAUCAACUUUCACGUAAAAGCUCGCAAGCUCAAAUCUUUGACCUUUGGUCUGCCUCUUACCCAGCAGCUGUGUCCUGGUCCAUCCGCUCUCCGCGAGUAACAGGCGUUCUACUUGCGACGCAAAGGCAUCACCUUUCUGAUCUUGCGCCCUGACCUUCGCCCCCUUUCUCCCUAAUGCGCCAAGUCACCUUGUCUACGCACGUAAACCCCAGCUUCCAUGCAUAACUAAACACUUGAGCAGUCCUUACGAAUUCCUCCUGACACUCGAUAACAACCUAAAAUCCACAAAGUUGAUGCAGCUUUCAAGGUCUCAUUGUCAGUGGAAGCAUACAUACUGUAGGCUCGGUCGAUAAUUCGGAGAGCGCGGAAGCUCAACCUUUUACAAUUUUUCAAUACUCCCACAAGAGGAUAUCAAGAUACACCCACUCGUACACACCUACGCAGCUAUAUACGUAUAUAUUUUAUUACUUGAAACGCACUCUGACCCCUGCCACGCCUGUAAUAUAUAAACCAUAAGAUUAUCAUAUCUAAAUUUAAGUAGCGCACUGCUAAGAACGUUUGAUCCUCCCUAAACAACUUACGUCGAUACCUCGACUAAAUACUCGACUCGAACUCCUCGUUUUAAUACACGUAUCACUGAUCUAAGUUUAUCCUAAGUUCAUCCCGGAAGAUCUCCUCUUGUAUCUUCCAAUUAUCACGGACAGGCAGAAUUGCAUCACCGACUGAGACUAAUGCGACCAUUUCAUUUUUAUUUAUUGCCAUUAAAUCUUUUUUGCAUCAUCCUUGGUACGUCACACACACACACACACACACACCCGUACAUACUCAAUGGCCGACACUUCCCAUGUCGUUAAUAUCUAUAUCGCAUAUGUCGUGCAUAUCGAGUCUUGAUUUUUUUUCUCAGACGAACAACGAUCAGAAUGUUAUUCGUUCUCUAAUGGCUGAAUGUUACUACUUACCUUUGGGAACGACAUUUUUCCCAAACACUACGCAGCCGUUAAACUCAUCGGCAGUGGCCGCUAACAAACGCAUAUCCAUUACCAAUAUUUAGAUACCUAUAUUUAAAAGGUUUCCAACGGCAGUAAAGGGUUGAAUCCGCUACGUGAAUACUAUCGCGAUACCUACAUGUACGAUACAUUAAUUAUAAGCGAAAUUGUUAUGAGUUAUUAUGGUGGAUGAGAGAUGGCAGAGGCGUUAAUAAAUAAAGAAAUUUGGUUGAGAAACCUUGAAAAUAUA